CAUGUCAAAAGCAGCAGAUGAGAAGAUCCUGCAGUACAUGAGAGAUCAGAACAGACCAUACAGCGCUACAGAUGUGCUGCUUAACUUACACAAAGAGAUAGGCAAAACCCAGGUAGUGAAGAGUCUGGAGACGCUAGCUAAGGCUGGACAUUUGGCGGAGAAGGUUUAUGGAAAACAGAAGAUCUAUUUCGUUAACCAGAACACUCUUCCUAGCUUAGGAGAGAUUGAGAUGAAGGACCUAGAAACAGACAUCAAGGCAAAGACAAAAGACUUGACGUCAUUGAGAGAGGAGGCCAGGAGUAUUGACAAUCAGCUGGGUUCUCUCACCAAUAGUCUCACUACUGAACAGGCUCAGGAGAAGUUAGCUGAGCUGAACAAGCAAUUAGAGCGAGGAAAAGAGAAAUUAGCCUCACUAAAGACAAUGUGUAAAGAUAUCGCUCCAGAGGAUAAGAUAAAGAUCAACAAGGAGCACCAGAAAGUGGUUAAAGAAUGGAGAAAGCGAAAGAGAAUGUGCAUGGAUGUGGUGAACGCUAUUCUUGAAAACGAGGGGUGCACAAAGAGUAAGAGGGAGCUGAUAGAGGAGAUGGGGAUUGAUACAGAUGAAGAUAUGGGGGUUUCCUUUCCAACUGAUGGUGCCUGAAGUAACUCUGUCUAUUAUUACCAUCUCAUAUAAAGAAGAUCAAGAUCAAAGAUAUUGGAGUUUCCGGAUACACGCGUGUUAGUGUAUGCAGGUAUACAUAAUACAGGUACAGUGUAUACAGGUUUAGUGUACACUGCACUGGUUUAGUGUAUACUGCACUGGUUAAGUGUAUACUGCACUGGUUUAGUGUAUACUGCACUGGUAUAGUGUACACUGCACUGGUAUAGUGUACACU